ACACCUUCUCGAUCAAUUCCCCUCCGCGAUACAGAGAGAAAGACCGUACGUGGUGGGUUAUAUUUAUAUAUGACGACUCUGCCGAGAAAACCAGACAAAGAUAAUCAAUCAAUAUUGUGGGACUAGUUUCGCUAUUCUUUUUUUCUUUUCUUUUUUUGGGGGUUUCCAAGAGGUGGGGUAGGAGUGUCUGUUACAUGCGAGUUGAGAUCACCUUCUAUUUCGGCUAUAUAUAUAUCUCCGUUACCAUGGAAAAGUUCUAAACUUGGCAAACUUCUCAGCUCGAUCUGUGAAUUUCGCUGGUUUGUAAUUAUCAUAGAGGAGCUGCUGAUAUUUUACAGGUGAUGCUAGCUGUUAUCUUUUAAACUGAUUUUGGUACGAAGAUGGAGAUCUUUUACCAGCCUUAUAUCGAUCCAGAAUUUGAAUCGCUCAUGGAAAGAAUCUACCCUCCCAGAGUUUGUAUAGACAAUGACGCAUGCGAAGGCUGCACGCUUGUUAAGGUUGACAGUGCAAACAAGCACGGGAUUCUUCUGGAAAUGGUCCAAGUCUUGACAGAUCUUGACCUCGUUAUAUCCAAAUCAUACAUUUCCUCAGACGGUGGAUGGUUCAUGGACGUGUUCCACGUAACAGACCAGGCUGGCAACAAGCUCACUGACGAAAACCUCAUACUUUACAUCCAGCAGGCACUGUGCCCGAGCAGGAGAUCAGAGAGGACAUCAUCAAAGGAGAUACAGACACGUUUGGGAAGAGAGGUGAGACCCCGCCACGUGACAGCUGAGCACACGGUCCUAGAGAUGACUGGGACGGACCGACCGGGCCUAAUGUCUGAGAUGUCAGCGGUGCUCCUUGAGCUGGGGUGCAACGUCACCUCCGCCGUGGCAUGGACCCACAAAUCCCGAGCGGCCUGCAUAAUCCAAGUGGAGGAUGGGUUCAAAGGCGGGCCCAUCACAGACCCUAUCCGCCUGGCCCACGUGGAGGAGCAGCUAGAGAACGUGGUGGAGGCCCAUCAUGGGAAUGGGGAGAGGAGGAGCGUUAGGCUCACCGCCCCGGUGGCGGGCCAGACCCAUACGGAGCGGCGGCUCCACCAGUUGAUGUAUGCAGAUAGGGAUUACGAGCGGUGUCACCGCUGUGAUGGUGGCGAUCAGCAUAAGAAGGGCUGUGAUGGGACUCACGCGACCAUAGAGAGUUGCGAGGAGAAAGGGUACUCGGUGGUGAAUGUAAGGAGUAGAGACCGUCCGAAGCUACUGUUUGACACUCUGUGUGCUCUGACUGACAUGGAGUACGAGGUGUUUCAUGCCGUGGUUGCCUCCAAGGGCUCCAUGGCUGAUCAGGAGUAUUUUAUACGGCAUAAGGACGGCUGCACUUUGGAUACACAGAGCGAAAGGCAUAAGCUGACACAAUGCUUGAUUGCUGCUGUAGAGAGAAGAGUCUCCCAUGGACUGAGGUUAGAAAUCUGCACACACAACCGAAUGGGAUUGCUCACAGACAUGACACGGGUACUCCGCGAGAAUGGACUAUCAAUAUCGAGGGUUGAGCUCGGGAUACGAGGCGAUAGAGCAAUUGGAUCAUUCUACAUUACAGAUCCCUCCGGGCAUGAUGUGAAUCCAAACAUAAUCGAGGUGGUGAAAAAAGAGACCGGCGGAUCUGUCCUUGCAAUUCAGAGGUCCCCGGCAUGGGGUCCUCAGGCUUCUUCCUCAUCGAGGACAGCCCAAAGCACCAACAAAAGCAUAGAGGACAGGCCAAGAUUCUCACUUGGAAGCUUGUUGUGGUCUCAACUUGAGCGCCUCUCGGGUAAUUUCGGCUCCAUUAGAUCUUAGAGUUCCAAGCUCAGGAACUUCUUCCAUGUCGUACAUGUGGAUAUUUUUGUAAAUAAGGUUAUGUACCAGAAGUCGGAGUAGUUUCUCUCUUCCCAACAAGAUGAAGUCCCAUGUAAAUGAUCUAUACAAAUAGAUGGCCAUACGAAACGCAUCCACUCCACCCAACAAAAUAUUAAUGAAAUAUUUUCUUUGAAAACAAA